UUUUACGUUUAGACGGCAGGAAGUUAAAUAACAUCCACAUCACAUCCGCGAACCACAACAGCAACAAAAGAUCACAGGCAGUCCCAUCAAACUUCUGCUCAGACAGUCUGUAGAUGUCAUCUGGAGCUCCAAAGGGGGAGAACUGUCUAGUAGACAUGGACAGCAAGGCUGGAGAUCUGUUUAGUGCUGAGGAUGCUCAUCCAACUGGCACAGGUGGAGCUGGAGUCUUGGCAAAACUCUGGCUCCCUAAAGGUUUCUCAGUUGGCAUGGCUAAAGAGUGGAUCGACAGGCGUCGAGUGUCCAUUCGACCGUGGGCUAGCUUCGUGGACCAACGCAAGUUUUCAAAACCCCGCAACUUUGGGGAGUUGUGUCAGAGAGUGGUGAAAAAUGUGGAAAUUUACAAUAGCAACUAUACCUUCAUCUUCCUGGGUCUCAUCCUCUACUGCAUUAUCAGCUCUCCCAUGCUACUGAUUGCCUUGGCUGUGUUCGCUGGUGCCUUUUACAUAAUCCACCUCAAGUCCCUGGAGUCCAAACUAGUUAUCCUUGGCAAGGAGCUGACUGUCCCUCAUCAGAUGAGCCUGGCUGGAGCCGUCUCUCUGCCUGUGUUCUGGUUGGCUGGAGCUGGAGCUGCAGUCUUUUGGGUUCUGGGAGCGACGCUGUUUGUGAUUGGCUCUCACGCUGCGUUCCGCGAGCUAGAGGGAUCUGACAUGGAAGAGCUCUUAAUGGAGUCGGUGUGAAGAGCAGGCUGAACUCUCAACAGGUGCUGGUUGACGAUCAGUCUUCACUUUGACCCUGUAAUCGCGUUAACCCAGAGGGACUGAGGAAAAACUACACCCAGAUCUGUUCCUUCGCUACUAUACAUGUGCAUCCUGUAUUCCCUGUAUUUUGCCUAUGCCACUGUCUCAAGAUUGCACCUUGUCUUGCCUCUGAAAUAGUUAUUGUUACAGAUUGUAUAGCCUUUUUCAAACUCAUGUAUACACAUAACUUGCCAUAUGCACAAAUGAUUACUUUGUUAAUGAGUAUUUAAGAACAUGAUAAUACAGAUUAUAUGCCUUUCUCUACAGAUGCCUCUGGUUUGUCUUUGUGAGCCUUUCGCUCCUUUAUACAGUGACAUAUCUUUCAGCUAAUUAAUGUCUUUCUUCUGGUCUUAGCUGUAGAUAUCUUGGCACAUAGGUUCUGUCUUUCUUUGGUUAAAAAAAAAAAAAAAAUGUAUAAAUGUAAUUGUCAAACUUCUAAACUGCUAAAAAAAACCAAAUUAUUUUCCAAAGAAAAA